AAGUAAGGUUUAUUACUAGAAAGCCACGAGAGUACUAUUUUCUUAUAAACACAAGGCAACUAUAUCUCUGGUCAGGUCAGAAUUUUUAAAAUAAAUAAAUGAAAUUUAUCAGGUUUUCUUGGACAUUAAUAGGUCCCUUUCCAGUUUGGACAAUGAAAAGGAACAAAUUAGAUGGUGUCUCGUUAUCCAUUCACCAGCACCUAUAGCCUCCCAACAGCAAGGAAGCCUGGUUUCGUAUUAAAUCCACAAAAUAGAGUGUUACGAAGGAAGGGACUUAGGAUUCUAUGGUUUCUAAGACAGUCAAUGCACAAUGAAUAGGCAGCUCUGGGAUCCAAGAAAUCCGGCAUUUCAACCAGAAUGGGCACUGGAGGAUACCCGGUUAAUAUUCUACAAGUGCACCAGAUGGCAAGUAGAAGAAACAAUGGAUACCAUCAGCUGCCCUUAUCAUUACUUCUGCGACAGCAAUUACCCAGGAAAUUAUCCUCCUGCUGUGGAUAUCCUGGUUCUUCUCUUUGCAACAUCUUCAUACCUGACUACACUGGUAAUGAUGGUGUUAGAUAUAUCAAGAAGACGACAACAAACAUAUCAAAGUCAAUGCAAGAGAUACUUACUACCAUCCGGCCCCCUCUUUUUACCGAUAAUCCUCUUCGUUCUAGCCAAGGGCUACCGCAUCAACACAAUAUUUCCUCUCUCCUGCAUUGGCCCUGCCAUUUUGCUGCUGGUUCACAUCUCUGCGCUCAGUUUCGACACAGGUAUUAAGAAGGAUGUCAAGUAUGCAUUCUUUGAGGCAUCAACAGUUUCUGGGAUACUACAUGCAUGCAUAUACUUGGAUUCUAUCAUUCUACCUUACUAUACAGGUCUCGAUGCUCUUGUUGCAUCAAACUUUUCUGGUGAAUGUGUGUCAUGUGUGUGUCGAAAAGAACAUUUGGUUGUUGGAGGGAAGUUGAUUUCCUACAGGGGAUGGUCAGUGACCACAUUUCUAAUAGCUGGGGUGCUGUGUUCCAGAAUAAUUAGCAGAUUGCCCGAACACAACAAAGGAACAAUCUUGUCAAUCAAAAGAUUCAAAACAUUGUUGGAAAGUUCAAGUUGGAUCCUGAUAAUCUUCGAUUGCAUCAAUCUUAUCAUGCAAUCUCCACCAGAACAACCAGUGUUGCAAAUUGCUGCCUUGAGCAGCAUACUGGUGUUGAUUUGCCUUCAUUUACUUAAAAUGGUAUGCAGUUGGGUAAUGAAAUGGCAUUCACUUCAUUUGAAAUGAGACAAGAUUUGUAUCAUAAAACACACGGGACGGGAUUCAACAGUUUGUCAUUCUAUUCAUCCCAGAAGAGGAGCAGUAUAAGAAACUUCACAUCUGCAGUAAAGAAAUCAAAAGCAGACUCACACUUGCCACAUUGUAUAUAGCCCUGCUCCCUGCAUUCUUCCUCUCCCUGUAUUUUUUCCAGCCCUAGCUUCUCUUUCUUUAUUUCAAUUGUUUAGACGCGCAGCAAAAAUCACCUGGAACAAAAGUUCAUGAUAGGCUUGUGAGGCAUCCAAUAGUUGUUACUUUCUUUCACAUAUUGUCA